AUGGAUAAACUCACCAUUAUUUCAGGAUGUCUCUUUCUGGCUGCGGAUAUUUUCGCCAUCGCCAGCAUUGCCAACCCAGACUGGAUCAACACUGGCGAGUCAGCAGGAGCUCUUACGGUGGGACUGGUGCGUCAGUGUCAGACGAUUCACGGACGAGACCGAACCUGCAUCCCGCCACGACUGCCCCCAGAGUGGGUCACCACGCUUUUCUUCAUCAUCAUGGGCAUCAUCUCCCUCACAGUCACCUGCGGCCUACUGGUGGCCUCGCACUGGCGAAGAGAAGCCACGAAAUACGCCAGGUGGAUCGCCUUCACAGGAAUGAUCUUGUUCUGUAUGGCCGCCCUUAUAUUCCCCAUAGGAUUCUACAUCAAUGAAGUAGGAGGACAGCCAUACAAAUUACCCAACAACACGGUGGUGGGCUCCUCUUAUGUACUGUUCGUGCUCUCCAUCUUCUUCACAAUAGUGGGGCUCUUGUUUGCCGGAAAAGUCUGUCUUCCUGGCUGAGUGGACCUUCCCAGCAGGGACAGCUGGGGUGAUCCAAGCCAAACGGAUGGAAACGGCACUCAUCGACAGGGGGUGGUGUUACACGGAAAUAUCUCAUUAAACUGCAAAAACUGAAAAGACGAUUGCUGCACGCACAACAGGCGAGAGAGUGCGUUCCACCCUGUGCUUUCUUAAACCUGUGCUGUCUUUAAGUUUCAACCCUAAGGAUCGGGGCGAGGAUAACACGCAUGUGGAAUGGACCGAGUGCGUCUACAGCAGUGGCUGCUUCCAGUACUACUUUACCUUGGAGUAUUGUUGCAUUAUCUUCUGUUUGUGUUUUUUUUACAUCCCGCAAUUUCUCACAUGCGCCCCCUGCCUUUACAGAGAGGAACUACAGGAUUAUGGUGGAGAAUGCGGGCAAUGGUGUUCGACCCGUUCACUGAGGUCACAACAGGACUCCUCUCAUUCUCUCCAACAGCCCAAGUGCUGGCCGAGAUACUCCACUGUUACAAAGGAAAAAAAGCCUGCAGUUUCUCACAUGCGCCCCCUGCCUUUCUGGAGAGGAACUACAGGAUUGUGGUGGAGAAUGCAGGCAAUGGUGUUCGACUCAUUCACCAGGGUCACAACAGGACUCAUUCUCUUCAUUAGCCCGAGGGCAGGCUGAGUUACUGCACUGUUACAAAGGAAAAAGGGAACAGUAUUAGGAACAUUGUUUUCGUUGUUGUUGGCCCGCUACUCAAGGCAAAUGCUCCAGGACUGCCGGUCAGGACCCUGUGCCUCACUGUUACACGCUCAGAUAUUGACGGAUUCGUCUCUGAAUUUGACAAACCAAAAUAACCUACCCUCAUUCGAGGAUGGGCAGUGUUUGGUUCAGUCAUGGGCGGAUGUGACGUUAUCAUCUCCUUGUUUUGAUCUCUGAAUUUGCAGAGCCCUUUACUUUAAUUUGCUAAUGUGCCAUAAAGCUGUUUUUGUUGUUGUUUGAAUGCUAGGGCAUGAUUUGAGUUUUAGGGAGCAUUGCGUGCGGUUUAGCCAUUUCAGUAGGUGAAGCACUACAGAUGUACAAAAAGAGAACUCCUUACCUCAUUAUUUUAACUAAAUUUUCCCCCACCAAGAUGAAAACGUGCGCCCUGUAAAGUUUGCGUCGUGAUCAUGGACGUUUCAUUGAAAUGCUGCGAUCAUGGCGCAUUAUUUAUCUGACACUGAAUAAAAGGAGUUUAAGAUUG